GCUGUCCCGUAAUCAGCUGACUAGAGAGGAUUUGCAGAACCUGAGUGUAGUAAUCAAGACGAAUUAGAGUACUGAUGACCUACACUGACCGAGUAUUUCAUCAAUACUGUUCCCAACAAAAGUUAAUGGUGCAGUAGAACCUAUCAUAGGUCAACAGAGAAAAUGUCAGGAAACAGCCUGGUUUUACCCAUAGUGCUGUGGGGCCGGACGGCGCCCACUCACUGCAUCUCCAGCCUUCUGGUCAUGGAUGACCUCACCACCAUCAUCACCGGCUGCCACGAUGGACAGAUCUGCAUCUGGGACAUGACCCCUGACCUCGAGAUCAGUCCCAGGGCCAUGUUGUUCGGUCACACAGCCUCCAUCACCUGCCUGUCUAAAGCCAGCCCCUGCAGUGACAAGCAGUACAUCGUCAGCGCCUCAGAGAGUGGGGAGAUGUGCCUGUGGGAUGUCAACGAUGGACGCUGUAUUGAGUUCACUAAGCUGGCCUGCACUCACACAGGGAUCCAGUUCUACCAGUUCACCAUCGGUACGCAGCGUGAGGGUCGUCUGCUGUGUAACGGACAUUACCCAGAGAUCCUAGUGGUGGACGCCACCAGCCUGGAGGUCCUCUACUCCCUCGUCUCUAAGAUCUCUCCUGAUUGGAUCAGCUCCAUGAGUAUCAUACACUCACAUCGCACACAAGAAGACACAGUGGUAGCAGUUUCAGUCACUGGGAUCCUGAAGGUGUGGAUCAUCACUCAGGAUGUCAGCAGGAUGCAGGAUCUGGAUCCAGUGUUUGAGGAGGAGUCUAAGCCCAUCUACUGUGGGGGCUGUCAGAGCAUCUCUUUCUGCACCUUCACACAGCUCUCUCUACUGGUGGUCUGCUCCAAGUACUGGAGGGUGUUUGAUGCAGGGGACUAUUCCUUGCUGUGCUCGGUGCCCAGUGAGAACGACCAGUCCUGGACCGGAGGAGACUUCAUCGCCGCUGACAAGAUCAUCAUCUGGACCGAGGACGGAUGCUCCUACAUCUACAAGCUCCCCGCCAGCUGCCUGCCUGCCAGUGAACACUUCCGUACUGAUGUAGGAAAGACUGCCGAAGGCUCCAUCCCACCUCUGGUGUACAGCAUCGCGGACCGCACAGACAAACAGCUGCUCAUCUGUCCUCCGGUGACACGGUUCUUCUACGGCCGUCGGGAGCCCUUCCACAAGCUGCUGGUCCAGGGAGAUUCAGCCGGACGCCUCACCCUCUGGAGCAUCCCAGACACCUCGCCUCUGCAGCCCCUCUCCACCGCAGCAGAGCUCCAGGUGUCCUCCACCAUCUCCCUCCAGGAGGCCUUUGAUAAGCUGGCUCCCCCGUCGGCGGGCAUCAUAGACCAGCUGAGUGUGACGCCCGGGUCGGAGGAGCCCAUCAAAGUGACGGCCAGCGUCUACAUCCCCUCCCAGGGCAGGCUGGUGUGUGGCAGAGAGGACGGAAGCAUUAUCCUGGUGCCCGCCACACAGACCGCCAUCGUACAGCUGCUGCAGGGAGAACACAUGCUGCGUAGAGGUUGGCCCCCUCACCGCACCCUGCGUGGUCACCGUAACAAAGUGACGUGCCUGCUGUACCCUCACCAGGUGUCCCCCCGCUACGACCAGCGCUCCCUGGUCUCCGGCGGCGUGGACUUCAGCGUUAUCGUCUGGGACAUCUUCACGGGAGAGAUGAAGCACGUCUUCUGUGUCCACGGGGGAGAGAUCACACAGAUCCUGGUCCCGCCUGAGAACUGCAGCGUGAGUACAGGUUACACGUUAUAGAAGUGAAGGGAAUUUGGUUUUGGAAUUCCCUCCCCCAGCCCUCAUUCUUUCAUCAGUGCAUUUUCUUGUGGGUGGGACUGUAAUGAAAAUAUCAAUGGGUUUUCAAACAAAAAAACUAGCCCUUUUUUUUUUAAAGGACUAGUGGAUUUUCCAGCGUAGAGAGGCGAGG